ACGCCUCCUGCUCUCUCUCUGCAGCGUGUUUCCUCGCGAGCUGAAGGAGGUGUUUGCGUCGUGGAAGCAGCAGUGCGUGGCUCGCGGCCACCAGCAGGACAUCAGCAAGCGUCUGAUCAGCGCCUCGCUCUUCCUGCGCUUCCUCUGCCCCGCCAUCAUGUCGCCGUCGCUCUUCAACCUGAUGCAGGAGUACCCCGACGACCGGACGUCCCGCACGCUCACGCUCAUCGCCAAGGUCAUCCAGAACCUCGCCAACUUCACCAAGUUCGGAAACAAAGAGGAGUACAUGGCCUUCAUGAACGACUUCCUGGAACACGAGUGGGCGGGGAUGAUGCGUUUCCUGUCGGAGAUCUCCAACCCGGAGACGCUGUCCAACACGCCGGGCUUCGAGGGCUACAUCGACCUCGGCCGCGAGCUGUCCGUCCUACACGCUCUGCUGUGGGAGGUCGUCUCUCAGCUCGACAAGGUACCAGCCAACU